AUGGAACCACCCAAGAGCAUAAGGGACGUACAGAAAUUAACAGGAAGGAUUGCGGCCUUGGGAAGAUUUGUUUCCAAGUCGGGAGACAAAUGUUUACCUUUCUUCAAAGCAUUAAAGAAGGUCAAGAACUUCGAGUGGACAAAAGAGAGCCAAGUAGCUUUUGAAGAACUAAAGAAGUACAUGGCAGAGCCACCUCUCUUAUUAAAGCCUAUUGAUGGUGAGAUCUUGUAUGUAUACUUGGCUGUUUCAGAACAAGCGCUGAGUGCUGUAUUAGUUCGAGUGGAGUUGAAAGUUCAAAAACCGGUGUACUAUGUGAGCAAGGUUUUUCAUGGAGCGGAACUCAAUUACUCGCUAGACUUCCCAACUACUAAUAACGAAGCUGAAUAUGAGGCUUUAAUAGCUGGGCUUGGAUUAGCCAGAACCCUGAGGGUAAGGAACUUGAAGGUCUGUGGUGACUCGAAGCUUGUAGUUUUCCAAGUGAAUGGUGAGUUUGAAGCUCGGGAAGACACAAUGGUUAGAUAUCUGAGGAUUGUAAAGACUCAAAUGGCACUAUUUGAAGAAUGUAUAGUAGAAUAUGUGCCGAGAGAGGAGAACACUAAGGCUGAUGCCUUGUCACAAUUUGAAUCCUCCGAUGAUGAGAUAUGCUCAGGAAGUGUUUAUUAUCAGGUUAUGAGAACCCCAAGCAUCGAUGCAAAAUUGGUUGCUCCAAUUGACACGGGAGCCACCUGGAUGGAUGAAAUCAAAUUGUACCUGGAGAAUGGUCAUCUACCAACCAAUGCUGACGAAGCACGAAAGUUACAGGUAAGGGCCCUUAAGUAUGUCCUCAUUGAGGGGAUCUUAUACCGGAAGUCAUUUGUCAUCCCUUACUUGAGGUGUCUAAGGCCGGAUGAGGCACGGGAAGCCCUUAGGGAAGUUCACGAAGGGGUAUGUGGCCAACACCUGGGAGGAAGGGCAUUGGCUCAUAAGGCCACCCGACUUGGAUUUUAUUGGCCAGAGAUGCUUAAACAUGCCCAAGAUUAUGUGAAAAGGUGUGAUCGUUGUCAAAAGUUCGCACCAAUAGUACGACAGCCGCCUGAGAUGUUGACAUCUAUUAAUACUCCUAUCCCUUUUGCCAUGUGGGGAAUGGACAUCCUUGGACCAUUCCCACUUGCUAGUGCACAAAGGAAGUUCUUGUUGGUAGCCAUUGACUACUUUACUAAGUGGAUUGAGGCCAAACCAUUGGCCAAGAUAACCACCAAACAGGUUGCUCAGUUUGUAUGGGAGAAUAUUAUCUGUAGGUAUGGAAUACCGCGAAUCAUGGUGAUAGACAAUGGGACCCAGUUCAACAAUGCUGAGUUCAAGAAUUAUUGUGAAGAUUACUCAAUUGAACUACGCUUUACCUCAGUUGCUCAUCCUCAAGCUAACGGACAGGAUAAUCCUCGAUGGACUGAAAAAGAGAGUUGA